UGCAGAAUCUGGAGAGAUGCUCAGGCCCUCUCACUGCAGUUGCUUGUGAAAGAUUUCAAGAUGACCCCAACCUAACUCUGUGUCCACUGAAGUUGCUGUGGAUGGAGAAAUGGCUUUUACAGCAUCAUAGAAAGCGGUUUCCUAGAAACAUGAUUGCUUGCUGGUCUUGAUCUCGCAGCUUUGUGGAGACUCCUUCCCUGAUAAUGUCAAGUUCAGGCUACCCUCCGAACCAAGGAGCUUUCAGCACGGAGCAGAGCCGGUACCCGCCCCACUCUGUGCAGUACACCUUCCCCAGCAGCCGCCACCAGCAGGAAUUUGCCGUUCCCGACUAUCGCUCCUCUCACCUGGAGGUCAGCCAGGCCACGCAGCUCCUGCAGCAGCAGCAGCAGCAGCAGCAGCUCCGGCGCCGGCCCUCGCUGCUCUCUGAGUUCCACCCGGGCUCUGACAGGCCUCAGGAAAGGAGAACUGGAUAUGAACAGCAGUUCCAUCCAGGUCCAUCUCAGACUGAUCAUGAUUCUCUGGAGUCCAAGCGACCACGUCUUGAGCAAGUGUCUGAUUCCCAUUUCCAGCGUGUCAGUGCAGCCACUGUCUUGCCUUUAGUGCAUCCUCUGCAGGAAGGGUUGAGGUCUGCAGAUAUUAAGAAGGACCCAGCUUUUGGAGGAAAGCAUGAGGGACCAUCUUCUCCAAUUUCUGGUCAGCCUUGUGGGGAGGACCAAAAUGCUUCGCCUUCCAAGCUGUCAAAGGAAGAAUUGAUCCAGAGCAUGGACCGCGUAGAUCGCGAAAUCGCCAAAGUGGAGCAGCAGAUCCUGAAACUGAAGAAAAAGCAACAACAGCUUGAAGAGGAAGCUGCGAAGCCCCCAGAGCCGGAGCGGCCGCUGUCCCCUCCGCCCGUGGAGCAGAAGCACCGCAGCAUCGUCCAGAUCAUUUACGAUGAGAACCGGAAAAAAGCAGAAGAAGCUCACAAGAUUUUUGAAGGUCUUGGUCCAAAAGUUGAAUUGCCACUUUACAACCAACCCUCAGACACCAAGGUCUACCAUGAAAACAUCAAAACAAACCAGGUGAUGAGGAAAAAGCUGAUCCUGUUCUUUAAAAGAAGGAACCAUGCAAGAAAACAACGGGAACAGAAAAUCUGUCAACGUUAUGAUCAGCUGAUGGAGGCAUGGGAGAAGAAAGUGGACAGGAUAGAAAAUAAUCCACGCAGGAAAGCCAAGGAGAGCAAAACACGGGAGUACUAUGAGAAACAAUUCCCAGAAAUCAGGAAGCAGAGAGAACAGCAAGAAAGAUUCCAAAGAGUUGGCCAAAGAGGGGCUGGCCUUUCAGCAACCAUUGCCAGAAGUGAGCACGAGAUUUCAGAAAUCAUCGAUGGGCUCUCUGAGCAGGAGAAUAAUGAGAAGCAAAUGCGGCAGCUCUCUGUCAUCCCUCCCAUGAUGUUCGAUGCAGAGCAGAGAAGGGUGAAGUUCAUCAACAUGAACGGGCUCAUGGAGGAUCCCAUGAAGGUUUAUAAGGACAGGCAGUUCAUGAAUGUCUGGACAGACCAUGAGAAGGAGAUUUUUAAGGAAAAGUUUGUCCAACAUCCCAAGAACUUUGGUCUAAUUGCUUCCUACUUGGAACGAAAGAAUGUUCCUGACUGUGUAUUAUAUUAUUAUUUGACCAAGAAAAAUGAAAAUUAUAAAGCCCUUGUGCGAAGGAAUUAUGGCAAACGCAGAGGAAGAAACCAGCAACAGAUUGCUCGUCCUUCUCAAGAGGAAAAGGUAGAAGAAAAAGUAGAAGAGGAAAAAUCAGACAAAUCAGAAAAAAAAGAGGAGGAAAAGAAAGAUGAGGAGGAGAAGGAUGAGAAGGAGGAAUCUAAAGAGAAUACCAAAGAAAAGGACAAAACUGAAGCUGCACCAGAGGAAACAGAGGAGAGGGAGCAGGCAGCUCCUCGGGGCCGAAAAACCGCCAACAGCCAAGGGCGGCGUAAGGGCAGAAUCACCAGGUCAAUGACAAAUGAGGCUGCACAGGCAAGUGCUGCUGCAGCUGCAGCCACUGAAGAGCCACCACCACCUCUGCCACCCCCACCAGAACCUUCUUCUACAGAGCCUGUGGAGACAUCCCGCUGGACAGAAGAAGAAAUGGAAGUUGCUAAGAAAGGUCUGGUGGAACACGGGCGAAACUGGGCAGCGAUUGCCAAAAUGGUUGGGACGAAAAGUGAAGCUCAGUGUAAGAACUUCUACUUCAACUACAAAAGGAGACACAACCUGGACAGUCUCCUCCAACAGCACAAACAGAAGUCUUCGCGAAGGCCCCGAGAGGAGCGAGAUGUGUCCCAGUGUGAGAGUGUGGCUUCCACUGUGUCAGCUCAGGAGGAUGAAGACAUUGAAGCAUCUAAUGAAGAAGAGAACCCAGAAGACAGUGAAGGUGCUGAAAAUAGUUCUGAUACAGAAAGUGCUCCAUCUCCAACUCCAGCAGAACCUGCUAAACCAACUGAAGAAACUCCAUCUGAGCCUGCUGCUCCAAAAGUAACCACUGAGGCCCCAGCAGAGCAGGAAUCUGCCAUUAAACCUGCAGCCAGCACAUCUCCCUCCUUACCAGCCCAAAGUGUAACAACAACUGAAACUCAGAACCCCGAGCCCCAGGUCAAGGAAGAAAUAAACCCUGAGGCUGAGGAGCCUAUGGAGGUGGACAGUAGGAGCCAUUCAGCUGAAGCUAAGCCUGUGAUUACUCUUCCAGUUCAUACCAAAGUAGAACCUGUAGAGACUGAAAUGAGGCUACCAGAGAAUAUUCAAGUGAAAAUAGAGAGUGAUACCAAAGAGAGAGAGAUGGAGAAACCCAAGGAAAAGUCAGAACCAGAGGAAAUGGACUACAGCCUGUCCCAGCAAGUGACUGCAGCCAGACCAGAAUCCCAUUCAGAUAAUGACUCCAGUGCCACCUGCAGUGCUGAUGAGGAAGUUGAUGGAGAACCUGACAGGCAGGGUAUCUUCAGCAGGGAGUCAAAGCCCUCACUGUUGAAUCCCACUGGGUCAAUCCUGGUAUCAUCCACAAUAAAGCAAGGGCAGAUGGACCUGCAACAGCUCCACCAUCGAGCUGCUGUCAUCCCACCUAUGGUUUCCUGCAGCCCCUGCUCUGUCCCUGUGGGCACCCCAGUCAGUGGUUAUGCCCUGUACCAGAGGCACAUCAAGGCCAUGCACGAGUCAGCCCUGCUGGAGGAGCAGCGGCAGCGCCAGGAGCAGCUGGACAUGGAAUAUCGGGGUGCUGUGAGCCCCUGUGGCACCUCCAAGAGCCCCAGUGUGGAGUGGGAAGGAAAACCAGUGGCCUAUAUGCCUUAUGCUGAGGUCAAGAGAAUAGAACAGGAAGCACAAGUGCAAAAUGCAGCCACAAGGUCAGCAUCACCCUACAGGUUAUCUCCAAGAGAAGUCAAUAAAGCCUCUCCCCAGCCUGAGAUGAAUGCAGCUCGCUACAGUGUCCCUCCAGUUCUCCAGCCAGCCCCUCACCAGGUGAUAACCAAUAUUCCUGAAGGAGUUCGCCUGCCCACAACCAGACCCACCAGACCACCACCACCUCUCAUUCCAUCCUCCAAAACCAGUGUGCCAUCAGAAAAACCUUCCUUCAUCAUGGGAGGCUCGAUCUCACAAGGAACACCUGGCACUUAUUUAACAUCCCACAGUCAAGCUUCCUACGCCCAAGAAACUGCAAAGCCAUCAGUGGGUUCUAUAUCCCUUGGGCUGCCAAGGCAGCAAGAGUCAGCCAAAUCUGCUUCUCUGCCCUAUAUCAAGCAAGAAGAAUUCUCACCCAGAAGCCAGAAUUCCCAGCCUGAGGGACUCCUGGUCAGGGCACAGCAUGAAAGUGUGGUGAGAGGUACCACAACAAUACAGGAGGGGAGCAUAACACGAGGAACUCCAACCAAUAAAGUUUCAGUUGAGACCAUUCCUUCUUUGAGAGGCUCCAUAACUCAGGGUACCCCAGCUCUGGCCCAGCCCGGCAUCGCCGCCGACGCGCUGCUCAAGGGAACCAUCACCCGCCUGGCCACCGAGGACAGCAGCCCCGAGAAGUGCAGGGAGGAGGCCUCAGCCAAGGGCCAUGUCAUUUAUGAAGGCAAAAGUGGGCAUAUUCUAUCUUAUGAUGCUAUUAAAAAUGUCCGUGAAGGAACAAGGAGUCCCAGAACUGCUCAUGAAAUUGGUUUAAAGAGAACCUAUGAUACAAUGGAAGGAAAUAUAAAGCAGGGGAUGUCUCUGAGGGAGUCUCCAGGGUCUGCACCACUGGAAGGUUUAAUCUGCCGAGCACUGCCUCGGGGUAGCCCACACGCUGAACUAAAGGAGAGAACAGUUUUGUCUGGCUCUAUAAUGCAAGGCACACCAAGGGCAACAGCUGAAAGUUUUGAAGAAGGUUUGAAGUACCCCAAGCAGAUCAAGAGGGAGUCACCUCCCAUCAGGACGUUUGAAGGAGCCAUCACCAAGGGCAAGCCCUACGAUGGGGUCACCACCAUAAAGGAGAUGGGUCGCUCCAUCCACGAGAUCCCCAGGCAGGACCUCCUAAGCCAAGAGAGCCGCAAGACUCCUGAAAUGGUGCAGACAAGCAGGCCAAUCAUAGAAGGCUCCAUAUCUCAGGGCACACCCAUAAAAUAUGAAAGCAACUCUGGCCAGUCUGCCAUCAAACACAAUGUAAAAUCUUUAAUCACUGGACCAAGCAAGCUGCCCCGGGGAAUGCCUCAGCUGGAAAUGGUGCCAGAAAACGUGAAGGUGGUGGAGCGAGGAAAAUACGAAGAUGUGAAGACCGGGGAUGCCGUGCGGUCCCGUCACACGUCCGUAGUCAGCUCUGGUCCCUCUGUUCUCAGGUCAACCCUUCAUGAAACUCCCAAAUCACAGCUGAGCCCUGGGAUUUAUGAUGAUACAAAUGCUCGGAGGACACCUGUGAACUAUCAGAGUCCCAUGUCCAGGAGUUCACCCAUGAUGAAUAGAGUUAGUGAGGCUGGAGUAUCUUCUGGGAAGUCAACAAAUCAUGAAAGGAAGAACACACUCACUCCAACACAGAGGGAGAGUGUGCCAGCAAAAUCUCCAGUGCCAGGGGUUGAUCCUGUAGUGGCUCACAGUCCUUUUGACCCUCACCACAGAGGAGCAACUCCUGAAGUCUACAGGGGUCACCUCCCUCCCCAUUUAGAUCCUGCUAUGCCAUUUCACAGGGCUCUGGAUCCUGCUGCUGCUGCUUACCUGUUCCAAAGGCAGCUGUCCCCCACGCCGGGGUACCCCAGCCAGUACCAGCUGUACGCCAUGGAGAACACGCGGCAGACCAUCCUCAACGACUACAUCACCUCCCAGCAGAUGCAGGUCAACCUCCGGCCCGAUGUCACCAGGGGCUUGUCCCCCAGGGAGCAAACUCUGGCACUCCCUUAUGCAGGAGCACGAGGAAUCAUUGACCUGAACAAUAUGGCCCCCACUAUCUUAGUGCCUCAUCCUGGAGGAACCAGCACCCCACCCAUGGAGAGAAUCACAUACAUCCCUGGCACCCAGCUUACCUUCCCUCCCAGGCCUUACAACCCUGCUUCUCUGUCACCAGGACACCCCACACACCUGGCAGCUUCUGCAGCUGCAAAUGCUGAAAGGGAACGGGAAAGGGAGAGGGAGAAGGAGCGGGAAAGGGAGAGGGAACGUGAACGAGAGCGGGAACGAGAACGGGAACGAGAGAGGGAGAGAAUCACCUCAGUCCCUGCUGAACUUUAUCUCCGACCAGGUGCAGAGCAGCCUGGCAGACCCGGCAGCCAUGGAUACGUCCGGUCCCCAUCCCCCUCUGUCAGAAGCCAGGAAAACAUUCUGCAGCAAAGGCCAAGUAUAUUCCAAGGAACCAAUGGGACAAGUGUAAUCACACCUUUGGAUCCUGCUGCUCAGCUACGUAUCAUGCAGCUCACCCCUGGAGCUCCCUCUAUCACCCAAGGCUUGCCAGCUUCCCGUUACAACACUGCUGCUGAUGCCCUGGCAGCCCUUGUGGAUGCUGCAGCCUCUGCUCCUCAGAUGGAAGUUGCCAAAGCAAAGGAGAGCAAGCACGAAGGAACCAGGAUAGAAGAGAACAUGGGCCGCAGGUCAGCUGUGGUGACUGACCAACAGCAGAUGGAGCAGAAGACCUUGGAGGUAGAAAAGAGGCCUGUGCAGUGCCCCUAUACAUCUGCCAAUUACUCUAGUGGCAAGUCCCAGGGACAGACCUCAUCAGUAGUCUAUUCAGAGGCUGGUAAAGAGAAAGGACCUCCUCCUAAAUCCAGGUACGAGGAAGAGCUGAGAACUCGAGGAAAGACCACAAUUACUGCUGCUAACUUCAUAGAUGUGAUCAUCACUCGCCAGAUUGCUUCAGACAAGGAUGCUCGAGAUAGGGGCUCUCAAAGUUCAGAUUCUUCCAGUAGUUUGUCCUCACACCGGUAUGAAGCUCCUGGAGAUGCCAUUGAGGUGAUCAGCCCUGCAAAUUCACCUGUACCUGCUCAAGAAAAGCUGCAGCCCUAUCAACAAGAGACACCCAAACCAAGCCAGGCAGAGACAGCUGACCCCAACAGGCCGUACGAGGGCCCCAUUCACCGCUACAGGACACAGCAGGAGCCCCCCUCACCCCAGCAACCUCCACCUCCCUCUUCCCAGGCAGAGGGCAUGGCCCACGUGCCCAGGACCCAUCGGCUCAUCACCCUUGCUGAUCACAUCUGUCAAAUUAUCACACAAGACUUUGCUAGAAACCAAGCAGCUUCUCAGGCCUCUUUGCAGCCUCCCACCACUACAUUCCAGAAUUCCAGCCCUGCUCCAGCUCCUGCUUCUGGCCGGGCAAAGACCUCGAGCCGCUACAGCCCCGAGGCGCAGCCACAGCCCGUGCACCACCAGCGGCCAGGGGCCAGAGUGUCCCCUGAGAACCUCUCUGACAAGGCCAGGGGAAGGCCUGGAAAAUCUCCAGAGAGGAGUCAUGUCCCCUCAGAGCCCUACGAGCCAAUCUCGCCACCUCAGGUCCCGGUUGUACACGAGAAACAGGAAAAUGUUCUUUUGCUUUCCCAAAGAACUGAGCCUACUGAACAGAGGACUGACUCUCGCUCUCCAGGCAGUAUCAGUUACCUGCCUUCGUUUUUCACCAAACUUGAGAACACUUCACCAAUGGUAAAAUCCAAGAAACAGGAGAUAUUUCGAAAGCUGAACUCAUCUGGUGGAGGUGACUCUGACAUGGCAACUGCUCAGCCAGGGACUGAAAUAUUCAAUUUGCCAGCAGUCACUACCUCAGGUGCAGUCAGUUCUAGGGGUCACUCCUUUGCAGAUCCUGCCAGUAAUCUGGGUCUGGAGGACAUUAUUAGGAAAGCACUGAUGGGGAACUUUGAUGACAAGAGUGAGGAGCACGGGGUGGUCAUGUCCCAGCCUCUCGCCGUGGCCCCGGGCAGCUCCGGCGCCGCGGUGCCGGCGACUAAUGAGACACGGAGGGAAGAAGCCAAUCCAUCUCCAAAUUCAGGUGGGGCAGUCAGCAAGCAGAAGCUCAUCGGCAAGUCAAACAGUAGGAAGUCAAAGUCUCCAAUUCCUGGGCAGGGAUAUUUGGGAACUGAAAGACCUUCUUCUGUCUCAUCUGUACAUUCAGAAGGGGACUACCACAGACAGACUCCAGUUUGGGCCUGGGAAGACAGGCCUUCAUCAACAGGUUCCACCCAGUUUCCAUACAACCCUCUGACCAUGAGGAUGCUGAGCAGCACCCCCCCGACCUCCAUCGCCUGUGCCCCCCCGUCCAUGAGCCAAGCAACCACUCACCCACAGAACAGGAUCUGGGAGCGAGAGCCUGCACCACUGCUUUCAGCACAAUAUGAGACUCUAUCUGACAGUGAUGACUGAACUAUGCAGAUUUUUUUUUUUUUUAAUUUGCGGGUCAAAAAAAGAAAUCUAUUUUUGACUUGUGCCCACAGAGACUUUCCAAGAGAGCAAGGGCCACACAAUGAAGAAUUGCUGGAGAGUCCGUGAAAUGCCUUCUGCACAGGGUGUGUGUGUUGGAGGAUUGUGGUCGAGAAGGUUGACUUACUAAAGAUAAAUAUGUAAAGAGUUUUUAAAAAUGUGGACUAUUCCUGCUCUACAUCUAUUUGUAAAGAAAACCAUAAUGUCUUUUAAAUCAUUCUUCUGUAAAUAGAGAGUACUUUUUGCAGUGUUUUUUUCCCUUGCUAUAGUAUCUGGUGUACUUAUGUUCAAAUCAUUGCCUAAACUUUGGGGGUCAUUUUGUAAUUUUUUUUAAGCAUUUUCUCCAGUGUAGAAUACUCUUCAUAACCCUAGCCUCCCUCUCAGCCUAACCUAACCAGAACCCCAAUCUCCCAACCAUCAUUGCCCAUUUAAUGCCAUGCUACUUCCUGCAGGCAUUGUGCUUUUAUAUAAUUUUUUUCCCUAGACACUUUCUCAGUGGUGUUCAAGCUCUUGUGAAAAUGUUGAUUUUUAAGACUGACCCCUUAGUGAAUUCUGUACAUUAACAUAACUCCAGUUCGCUGGAAUAAGAUGAUAUAUUUCUUUGGAAUUUGAAAUUCUGCCACAUUGUAAAUUUUUGGUGCAGUUGGUUUUAUUUAGCAACACUGCAGAAAUAUUAUUGCAUGGGUAUGUUAUGGUUCAUUUUUAAAAGGUUAAAGAAACAAAAAAAGAACAGCUUCUGGAGGCAUACCUCACUGUUAUGCACACUGGGAAUUUUAACUGUGCCCUAAAAGCCUAUUCUUAGUGUUCUCUGUUUCUGCAUUGUAUGCAGUCAAAACAGGCUACUAAAUUUUACUGUCAUAUUUAACCACAGCAAAUGGCUUUUCUGAACAGAGGCUCUGGGUGGGUUGAUAAAUCCUUUAAGAAGAAAAAGCUCCACAUCCCAAGUUUAAAUAAAACAAAGUGCUUUUAUAGAAUAAUUGAGCAA